AUGUACACAAAAUCUCAAAGAGGUGUGAAUUGCAGGCCCGAAGAAGAUGAGGCAUUGUGCAAAGGGUGGGUUUCCAUAAGUGAAGAUGGGGUUAUUGGCACCAAUCAAGUAAGCGAUACAUUUUGGCAUCAUGUAUAUCAAAAGUUUAUGGAAAAUGAUCCGGGCAUUAGUGGACCCGAGCAACGAACAUACCAAUCGAUUGUUUCUCAAUUCAAGACUAUCAACCAAUAA